GAAUGUGUCACCAGAUCUUUCUACAAAUCACGACACUGUGUGCAAACAAAAAUAUUUUAAUUUACUUAAACACUGCAAGCAGAUCGAGCAGGUGAUGUACGCAACGGUUCCGGGAGAACUAACACAACCUGAAAUGCAAGACAACUAAUUACUUAGCGUUGAAGGAGUUGAAAAUCACUUAAACUUUAUUUUGAUCUACAGGAGAACGAAAGAUCAGUCAAUCGUCUAUACCAUGUUAAGACUCUUCUAAACCGCUAUCGAAAGCAGCGAAGGGCAGGAAACUUGGCCCAUCCGAACAUCCGAGACGGGUAACUUUUCCAUUCGGACAAGGAAAAAGGUGAUCGAAGUUGUCCGAUUGGACAAGUAAGUUGUAGAGCUCUGACAUUGCCUGACUUUGGAUAAAUAAUAAAUCAUUUUUUCCCGUAUUUUAUAACUAAGUGCCUUCAAAAUAAACUUUCUCUUCUUUUUGUGGAAGUUGGCGAUGCUUAGCGAAGAAAUCAAAGACAAAUUGAUUUCCAUACGAUCCCUGCGUUACAGCACAAUUGCAUGUACAUCAAUCACAUGUGCUGCAACGGUCAGCGACGUCAGCGACCUGAAUCGCCUUAGUAUAGGCAAUGUCUCAAUCAAAAUUGUUUAAAUUUUCGAAAAGGUCACGGAAGCACUUAGGAAUGUCAAUACAGAUGAGGAUGUUCCUUCCAAAAGGAAAAAGAUUGGAGAUAACAAAAAGAAUUAUGAAACCAAGCGUGUAAGAAAAUUUCAGUCGGCUUGCAUUGGAUGACAGAAUUUGACUGGGUUUGUUAUGAGCAAAAAACAAACAGAAUGCACUGCUCCACUUAUUGGAAGUUUGCAGAAUUAGCAGAUAAAAGCAGCCCGAUGUAUAUUGGAUGUGGGGAUGGAGUUCAAGGAUUUAGGCGAGAAACUUUAACUGCCCAUUCAAAAAGUCGUUGCCAUGUUGUUUGCCAUACGAGACUGCUGAAUGACCAGAAACAGAAAGACAGCCCAUUGCAAAAGAUGUUUUUGCGAAUAAGCCAGGAAUCACAAGCAAGGCUAGAAAAACUGUUCAAUAUUGCCCACUUGACAUACACUGACAGAUGUAUCAAAAGAAUAUACCUUUACUCAAUUAGUUGUGUUGAAUGUUUUUAUUGACUAACUAGCUUUUCACUUAACUGGGGCAUCGUUGAGAUGUAAAAAGGAUUUUUGAAACCCUAGAUUGCUGUUACCGAUUUUUUUGGGACAAGUAGUUUUGUGGUCUGGAUAAGUAAAAUACACACAACACUUGUCGGAAGGGACAAGUGAAUUGAAAAGAAAGUUUCCUGCCCUGUGAUAGGGUUAACAUGUUAGGAUAUGUAAACACGUCUUGUAGUUUUUCAAUCUGUUAUGUUUUUAGUUUUCUCAAGGACAGAUUAGAUGAUUACAAUGAUGACUAUCGAGCUGCGCAGCCACCAUUUCGGGCUGAACUUCUUUCAGAAAUAGUUUCAGAGGCAUUUCCCAAAUCUACUCCUUCUUCGUUCUUACCUGGGGAAUUUAUUAGUCCAGACUCACCACCAGUGAAAAAGAAUAAGAAACGUGAUAACUCAAAGGACAAGGACAAAGACAAAGAUCCAAAUGCACCCAAAAAACCGGCCAAUGCUUUCUUUAUGUACUGUCAACAACAGCGUACUGUUAUGCAGGAUGAUCAGAAGGACCCCAACAUAGGACACCAUGAAUUAACCAAGUCACUUGCUAAGGAAUGGAACAACUUGGACACUGAAGAUAAAAAGGUUUACUAUGAAAUGUAUGAAAAGGAUAAAGAGAGAUAUGAAAAAGAAAUGAAAAAAUACACAUCAGACAAGGUCCCCAAAGAACCUCAUGUGAAGAAAGCAAGGACCAAAACUCCGAAACAGAAAGCUGUUGCACCAUCAACUGUAAAGACCACAGGGGUCAUUAUCAACAAGAGUUCUCCUGAUCAAAGAAGCUCAGUUGUGUCACCAGCUCUAAACAACCCACUGUCUCCGCAAAGCCUUGCCUCCAUGCAGCUUAAUAUUCCACACAUUCCAAUGCCGCAGCUCCUUUCACUCACAGGGGAAGAUGGUGGUUUUGACAACUAUCAAGAGAUGCACUCUUCCCCACAAGAUUCGUUUCUUUAGAAGUUUAAGUGCAGACAGACAGACAGACAUCUUAUAUUUAUACAGGAUAGCCCCUUCAGUGUGGUAAACACUGGUAUCAACGGGG